AGGCACACGGUUGAAACCAUGGCACCAAGAAGGAGAAGGAGAAGGAGAAGGAGAAGGAGAAGGAGAAGGAGAAGGAGAAGGAGAAGGAGAAGGAGAAGGAGAAGGAGAAGGAGAAGGAGAAGGAGAAGGAAAAUCAGCAAUCAGACAGGACACAUUAGCAAGGAGAUACGCCAAAAGCAAGGGACGCUUUUUAUUCAACAGUUCGAGAAAGAAGCACAAGAACGUAUAAACGAGACGGAGGAAAAAUUGGAGCAGACUCUUGCAACAGUAGAUCGGGUUUUCAAAGUGGAAUUGAUGAAAAUGCCACCUGCGCUUCAAAAAACCGUGAUAGAUUUAAUAAAUGUGGAUGGUAAUUCGGCAGGUGAAGUCACCAUCGCCAUAAAGACCGAAUCACCCGAGAUUCACCAGCCUCUCACAAGGAAGGUCAGUAAAGUCAAAGUAAGUGAAGGUGCAUCAGCUCAUAAAUGGAAGACUACAACAGAACCAUCAAAGGUUUCCAAGAAAGCCAGAUCACUUGCCAAUGGCUCAAGCACUGGAAGCCUACGGAGUGCCACAUCCACAAGUAACAAAAUAACCAAAUCUCGCAUUGCCAAAAUCAGUGAUCAAUCCCCACUGACUGGGACGAAACACAGAUCUGUUUUGCGGUCAGCCAGUGAUGACCACUUGUAUUGUUCCCUGUCUGGAUUGUCUCCACAUGUCAUGAUCUCUACAUCCCAUGGAGAGACUUUGUGCCUCUCGGAUGAUACUGUUGAAGAUGUUGACAUCGGGUUACUGGAUGAUAUGGCUGUUCUCCAGAUGCAGAAGUUGAUGAAACUGAUGGACUAUCUUUUCAACAAAGUAAAAGCGACUCAGCCUAUGAAUUAGUCUGCAAUGAUACCAAGACGUCUAACAUUGAGCCACUAAUGCCACCUAUGCAUGUUUUACUUUCAAAUGAAAAGUUGAUUCAAUAAAUAGUUCUGUAUUUGUA